AUGGAGGAUGCUCAGGUGGGCAACCAGCAGAUUCAGCCUCCCACCACAGAGUCCCGAACCCAAGGUCAAGCGGACCCGGGACCGUCGUCUAUCAGAAAGAGGAAAAGAAGAAGGGCCAGUCGCUAUUAUCCUCGGGAGAAAUUAGGACGCCCUUUCAACGCAUUUCUUAAAAACGGAGGCAGAUAUACCAAAAGAUCUAAUCAGUUGUCGAUUGAAAAGGAAGAAGGAAUACAUUCUCAAGCAUGGGUGAACGCGAUAAAUCCGCAGCCUGAAUCCUCGCUAUUAGCUCUUCCAUACGAACUGAAGCUAAAGAUAUACACAUACGCCCUUAGGACUGAUUGGAAACAACCCAUUCUUACACCCCACAAGAACGGUAGACAUUACCGUAACAUGCACCCAUACCCUCAUCUACCGCCAUCCCGUGGCGAAGGUGAUUUUCCCUGUGUCAGGAAGCGUCGUAUGGAUGAAUACAAUAGAUCUUGCGAGACAAUCAAGACAUAUAAUGCCCUGUCAAUAUCGUGUCGCCAAAUCUAUUUCGAAGUCGUUGGUUCCGGAGUUCUCUAUCGAAUUUCUAUCUUCUCGUUCAACUCUGUCUACUUUCUCAAAAAUUAUGUGAACUUCAUAAAUCCACGAUUCAGACCCCUCAUUACGAAUCUGCGAAUGAAGGUUCAGGACGAUGGUAGUCGCGAAUGCACACUAUUCUGCACUCCGCUUUUCAAGGCAUUAACCGAAAACUUGAGACUGCCAAAACUAGAAAUAGUCAUUGAUGUCGACAUAGAUAGCUGUCAGGUCAUUUACGUACGACUUGAUAAUAGUACAAGUAUAUAUCGACGAACCCUUUUUGUACGGCAAGAUUGCCUCGCGCCCUGGGCUGCUGGACCUUGGCAUUUGCUAGCGGGAACUGGAUUGAAGGAAUUAGCGAUCAGAUUUAGGAAUGAUUCAAGGCUGCCCUUCGCGGAUGAUGAUGAGGAAGCCCUAGAGUUCGUUAGGGGUGUGGGGGCCAUCAUUGGAUGUGGUGGAGAUGAUGAGGGCGAUGGUGUGGAGAGGAGUAUCGGAGCCAAUUGUGGUAAUCACCUUUGUAAUUAUCUUUGCGGGGGGUGUGUUGUGACAGGUAUUUUUGAGGACCCGAUGGACGAGUAG